AUGUUGGCAGCUCUGCACAGAUCAAUUUUGGAGGGGAUCAAACGUCAAGAGAAACGCUCACAAAACUGGGGGGAUGACGAGGAAGUUUAUACCUUAAUCGAAGAAGUGAAAUCGAGAUCAGAAGUAUUUUUUUCUAUAAAUCUGACCAGACUAUUGUUUGGGUUGAUGAGAGGGAGCGGGGCUAAAAGAAGACUUCGUGAAAAGGAAUGGCAAAUGAUUGCUGAUAAACUCAAUUAG